AUGGCAUGCAAGCAGUUAUCCAAGGAAGAUGUCCUAUACAUGGCGCAUCAUGUAUUUCUUCCACCCAAACUUCCCACCAAAAGCGACGCAGAGCCGACCCAGGAUGGCGCGUUGGCAGAUGCUGCGCUCAGGUCGCUUCGCCUGUUUUCGAGCACAACCACACAGAGCGCGGUGCAGACAGCCAUUACCAUGAUGGAAAAUAUGACUUCUGUCCACGAAGUCGGGGCAUCGUAUGCAGUCCGAGAGGACAGUCUCCGGAACGCCUUGCAGCAGUUGAGCAAAAGCAGAGAAGGGACCUCCAUUCCACUGCAUGUUGUCGCGCAGAACGCGGGUGUCAUUUUCACAAAAGCCGCCGGCCACGUCAACUGCGAGGUGUUCGAGCUGUCCCCGCCGAACGAGAACGUCGUGAGUGUGAAUGGGCGCUUAAGACGGUCCUUCCCAGCCUCUGGUGUAGCGUUGCCACUUGACGCGUUUGACGACGGCCUGUGUGCUACACUGGCUACUACGCUAUUUAAGCUCAGCGUGCAAUCUGUGCCAGGCACGAAGCCGCGGGCCAGAAAAGCGACGCAGAUGCAUGAUGAGGAGAGAGACACUACGGACCCCAAGAUUGUGACGACUUUUUUGGUCACAUUUCUGUUAGCGCGCGGCGAACCUGCGCGCACUAAGGCGAUCUGGAAAAACACCCGCGAGGAUGUUGUGUACCGAAGCAGCUUGCUACCCUGGAGGCGAUCGCCAACCUGGCUGUUGAUUCGUGUGGCCUUGCAGCUGAGUCUUUCUCGGGGCCAGAUGGCGCCGAACCGUGCCUGUCUGUAUAAGGACUUUAUGCUGUUUUUUCUGGCGGACUUGCUGCGCAACGCCACGCACUGUGAUCUUGAUAGUGAUCUGCUUUAUUCCAUACACGCUCAGAAAGCCAUGCGCACAACAAUCGAUGCCUUGCAGAAAAGAUGGCAGUCUAUACAGGAGCAGGAUGCUGUCCAUGUAGAACUGACUGCGCUUGCAGGGGCAGAUUGGAAAGGUGAUGCUAGCGUCGCUAUACCUGAACUGGACGAUUUCGUUCGCGCUUGCGGCGAGCGCACGAGCGUGCCCGACGUGGUUGACUUCAAACCAAAGAUGGUCAUGACGCAGUACUCACCGAAUGAGCUGCCGGACCUCCAGCGCAGCGAUGAAGGCUCUGAAGCUUUCGACCUCCUGUCUUUUGAGAGUUGGGUCGCCUGCCAUCUCGACACCUGGCUUGCUGAGCAUAUGUCAGAUGAACAUGUCUGCGAGUCGCUCGCGGCCGCGAUACGUGAUUACCAUGCCAAGAUGAAGCGGCUCUACUGCCGCAACCCUGAGUGCAUGUCUACCAUGAUGCUGACUCUCCUCGAGCUCUGGGUGGCGUGUGACAAAGCGGCCGUGUACCACUGUUCGCUGCUGGCCGAAUACGAUCCAGGCGUGCCUCCACGCCUGCUUGAGGCUCUGUUACUGCCGUUGAAGAUAGAUAUGAAACGUCUGGAGACGAUAGAGACGUAUCUCCACCAUCGAUCGCAGCGGGCGACGCGAGCUUCCACUGGUGUUUACACUGCGUUUGGGACACUAGACUGCUUCGCCGUCCGGUGGUUCCAAAAAUCCCAGAAGCACAGAGACUUGAUGGCGAGCAUAGAAUCAUCGGCAAGCGCGCUGCGUAAUGCAAAACUUGCGGAGCUUCGCGCGUGCAAAGAUAGGUAUCAAAACCUCAUGAACAUGCACAGCAAUACGAGCCACAACAACACCAUCGUAUAUGUUCGCACGUCACAAACAAUGGAGGCGCAGCAUGUCGAAGAAUCUUGCCAAAAAUGCAGAUACCUGCGUGAUGCAGGAUCAAUCAAGAUUGAGAUCUAUGAGUGGCCGCUUCCGCGGAAUGAACUUGAAGCACAAUCGACAGUCUUUGAGUUGGAGGUUCCUCCCUCGUUUGGCCACUGGCGAGACGUGACCCUUUUUCUCAGACUUGACGUCAUGCAAGGAUCCUAUAGCACGGAAACCACAGCGCAGACCCAAUAUCUCCUGCAGGACUACCGAGGUUUGUCCACCUACUUCGUCUCGUUUUCGGCCACCCAACGCAGCCGCCUGCUUUCUGGGACCAAGCCCCAUGGAGUGACACACCGUCACGGCAGACUACUUUGUCGACGCGCUGAAUACCCUAGCGGGCCAACCCCAAACACCGCCAUUGCGUCGCAGUCCGCGUGCCCCGGCCACUUCACGCUGCAGGAGUAUACGGCGCUGUGCACAUUGCCCCUCGGCAACAGAAUCCAGUGGCAAAACAUUCUUCUGCAGCUCCACGCACCGGCCGUGGACUUCAAGAAAGUCGAAAGUUUGCUCACUGUGCUCCAGUGCUUACUGCAGGCGGGGCCGCGCGGCGAUGCGCCCGGAUGCAGGGAGAGCCACGCCGUGAUAGAAGAUGACCAGUUUACGUCUGGGCUCCUCAGAGACCAGGGCCCGCUGCCUUCUAUUUUUGGACAGGUGUAG